AAGCAGUCCAAGAAAGCUGCAAAGGGGCAAGAAGUUGUUCAGCAACCCACGCCGCCAGCACAAGAAGACGACGACGACGAGAAGAUGGAAGAAAUGGAGAUUGAGUAUGCCGAUUCCGGGUCUGAGGCCGACAUUGUUGUGGAUGGCGAGAUGGAGAAGGAUGCGACGGAAGAAGAGCUCGAGCGGCUGGUGUUUGGAGAUCGUAUGGGCUUCCGGGAGGGUCUGCGACACUUUGACGUCGACGAGGCGGAUUCAGCAGACCACGAUGAUGAUGGUGAUGAUGCGACCACUGGACUCGAAGGGCUGGACGACGCUCAACUCUUCUUCACCGACACGGGCGACGACUCACUGCAUGCCCCUGCACUGACGCACGGCGACCACAGCGACGACGAGACACUUCGUUCGAAACAGCCCCCUGCGUGGGAGGACAGCGACGACGAACGGAUGCUGGUCUCACUGGCUUCGGUACCGCGCCUUCGAAAGCUGAGGAAGACUGACGCUGAGGAUGUAGUCUCAGGGAGAGAGUACACGAGGAGGCUGCGCAAGCAGUUCGAGUUGCUACACCCAGCACCGCAAUGGGCGAAGAUGGCGUUGCAGAAGCCCGCCAAGAAGAAGCGCAGGACGAUGGAGUAUAUUGGGUCUGAUGAGGAAAUUUCAGAGAACGACAUGGAGCUCGAUGAGGAUCUCCCUUCUUCCGCGCCUCUGGAUCAACUGCUCCAAGAUGCGGAAUCCCUCGUGCGGCAGGCAGGUCCAGGUGCAGGCAAGAAGCGCAAGAUCAGGCCCGAGGUCAUCGAUAUUCAACGACAAAAGGACAUUGCGGGAGUCCAGCCGAGCGCCAUUACAUCGCUCUCCUUCCAUCCCACAUUGCCUCUGCUCCUAUCUUCUGGCCCAUCUUCCACCCUCUACCUUCACCACCUCUGCUCAGCGCCUCCCGCACCCACGCCCAACCCUCUUCUCACAAGUCUUCACAUCAGGGGUUCGGCGCUGACGACUACCGCAUUCCACCCCGCCGAUUCUCGCAUAUUCCUCUCGGCACGACGAAAGUAUUUUCACGUCUGGAACCUGACAACAGGCCAAGUGGAGAAGGUCACCCGAAUAUACGGACAGCAGCACGAGCAAAAGAGCAUGGAACACUUCAAGCUCUCCCCCAAUGGAAAAUACAUGGCCCUUCAAGGCUCAACGAAGAAGGGUGGAGGCAUCAUCAAUGUCCUUGACGCCACUACUCUCCAGUGGGUCACACAAGUGCGCAUCGAAUCACGGGGCGGCAUUGCAGACUUCGCCUGGUGGCGAGACAGUCGAGGCCUAUGCAUAGCAGGCAAGAAUGGAGAAGUCAGCGAAUGGAGCAUUGCCGAGCAGCGUAUUGUGGCUCGAUGGCAGGACGAAGGAGCCGUCGGCACCACGACACUCGCCCUCGGAGGCCAGCAUGAAGUUCGCUCGGGAUUAGUAGGCACAGAUCGCUGGAUCGCGGUGGGCAGCAGUUCUGGGAUCGUCAAUGUUUAUGACCGAAGAGCUUGGCUGGGAGAUCACCCAAAGAAUGCGCAGAUACCUCAAACCCCUAAACCCACGAAAGCUCUGGAUCAUCUGACUACGCCAACGUCUCAUUUGGCUUUCUCGCCUGACGGUCAGAUACUGGCCAUGGCUUCGAAGUGGAAGCGCGAUUCCAUGAGACUGGUCCAUUUGCCCAGCUGUACUGUAUUCAGGAAUUGGCCAACCAGCUCGACGCCAUUGGGACGAAUCACCGGGGUGGCAUUCGCAGAUGGUGGCGUGGUACAGGGCUCGGACGCGCAUAGUGUCCUUGCUGUUGCGAACGAGCAGGGUAAGAUCAGAGUGUGGGAGAUCAGGUAGUUGUCAUCUGCUCGUAUGGGCAUAUUGUCUGAGCGAUCAAAGAGUGUUGUCGCAGGACUCGGAUCCAAGAAAUGUGCAAGAGACGGUCGUACUCUAUACUUACUACGACCACUAGAGCGCUCUAUGCGAUAGUCACGCUGAUCCGUAAUAUGUUGACCACCAUUGACAAACGGCGUAUAUACCCCGACGAACUAGCUACCCACGAGCGAGCGCGAAACCAUUCUCGAUCUUCC